CGUCCUCUCCUCCUCGCUCUCAGAGUUGUUCAGACUUGAGGGAGGAAUGGCGGCCCCUCGGAGUUUCUUCAUCUCUCUCUGCGGUUUAUACCUGCUUUUAUAUUUCCCAUGUGGAUCUACGACAUCGGGCACCAGAAGAGCGAAUCAGGAUCGAUGCGGGUUUAAGGUACCUUCAGGUGCAGAUGGAGGCCGCAGGCUGGCCGUUACCUUCAGAGCCGACAACUGCUCAUUAAACUACCCACUGGGGAAGCACAUGAUCCGUGAGGUCACCAACGUCUCCUUCAGUCAUCUAGCCUGCGACGAUCAGGCCGCCGUGGUUGUCCACUGGUCUGCGAGCCCACUAGGGAUUGAACACAUUAAAGGCUUCAGAGUUUACCUGGAGGACAAGAAUCCAGAAGGGAAACAGUGUCAACACCUCAUCCUCAAAGACCCACGACAGCUCAACUUCUCCUACAAGAACACGAAGCUGAGCAGUCAGCCGUUCAGCGGUUUGAACUUUGACACCGACUACAUGGUUCGUGUGGUUCCCUUUCCAUCUCAGAUGAACGAGAGCUUCUUCCCUCCAUCUUUCCUCAAAACUAACUCGUGUGAAAUGCUCCUCGGAUCAGACAACCUGGUCUGCAAACCAUUCUGGACACCAAGGACGCUGAACGUGUCUCAGCUCGGAUCGAGCCUUCAUGUGGCCUUUGAUCAGGCUCCGCCCUCCUUUGGUUUCCAUUUCUACUACCUGUACUACAAACUGCGACCGGACGGACCCUCCAAACUGCAGCGCUGCAAACUGGAUGUGAAUCAGCCCAGAACGACAUGUAUCCUCCAGGACGUCACUCCAGGGACCUACACUAUAGAGUUAAAAGAUGACAGCAACACCACCAGGAUGCACACUCAGCACCACGUCAGCCAGGUCCACUCCCCCUGGGCGGGACCUAUCCGUGCCAUGGCCAUCACGGUGCCGCUGGUUGUCAUGUCAGCAUUUGCAACCCUCUUCACAGUCAUGUGUCGCAAGAAGCAGCAAGAAAACAUCUACAGUCAGCUGGAUGAGGAGAGCAGCGAGUCGUCCAAUCACAGCGCAGCACUGACCACUGAGCGGCCGUGGCCCCGCCCCAAAGUCUUCAUCUGCUACUCGAACAGAGACUGUCCCAAACACACCAGUGUCAUCCAGAGCUUCGCCUUCUUCCUGCAGGACUUCUGCUGCUGUGAGGUUGUGUUGGACCUGUGGGAACACCUGGAGAUGUGCAAAGAGGGUCAGAUGUCAUGGCUCAGCAGACAGCUGGAUGAAGCAAACUUCAUCAUCACCGUCUGUUCCAAAGGCCUGCGCUAUUAUGUGGAAAAGAAAAGCCGUCGAGGGAAGACGCCAGUGAGCCGCCGUAGUAAUGGCAGCAGCUCUUCGAUUACUGCGGUUGGUGGGGACCUGUUCAUUGUGGCGGUUGCCAUGAUUGCUGAGAAGCUGCGGCAGGCGAAGCAAAGCGAAGACAGCGGGGCACAGGAGAUGAACCGAUACAUGGCAGUUUACUUUGACUAUUCUACAGAAAGCGACAUCCCCACCAUGCUGAGUCUGGCUACCAGGUUCAAGCUGAUGGACCAGCUGCCUCAGCUCUUCAGUCGGUUCCAUUCGAGUCAUUCCAGUCUGACUGAUCGUGAGCAGCAGCCUCUUAACAUUUCCCGCAGGAACUAUUUCAGAAGCAAGUCCGGGCGCUCGCUCUACGUUUCCAUCUGCAACAUGCACCAGCACAUCAGCCAGAACCCCGACUGGUUCGAAAAGCAGCUUGCUCCUGCUGGAGCAUCCUCUACCUCUCCUGACUCUUCCUCCAAACAUCCGUCUCUCGCUGCUGUCCAGGCUCCGAGCCUUCCGCCCAAACCUUCCUGCUCCUUGUCAUCUCAGGCUGAGCAGAGGUUUGACUCUGGCUUGGUGCUGAAUGAGGUGGUGGUGCGAAUGCCAUCGCUGGAGAGUGGGGAGGGCGUGAUGGGGAGGAACGUACUCCAGCUGGCCCAUGGUUCCAGCCCUGAUCCCAACCUUUGCCCGAGUCCCAGUUCCACCCCUGACCCCUGUCCCAGUCCUGGUGUCUGUCCCAGUCCAGACCUACCACACUCUUCUCUGUUCAUGCUAGAUCCCAAUUCAAGGUCUGCUUCUGGAAUAUCUGGACUGUUAUCCGAAGACUCUUCCUCCUCCUUGUCCUCCUCUGGUCCUUCCAUCCUCCAGGAUGGCAUUUCCCCUGGUCAGGGACAGGCUGAUGAAGGCCGCCCCACUGUUCCAGAGAUCCCCCCACCUCGUGAUUCAGGCAUCUAUGAUUCAUCUGUUCCUUCAUCAGAGCUUUCUAUUCCCUUAAUGGACGGACUGUCACAUGACCAGGCAGACUCCUCCUCCCUGGCUGAGAGUGAAUCAUCUUUCUAUGGUUUGAGUGAUGAAGAGGCACCCGCUGCCACAUCGCUCAGCUGCAGCGCUGCCACGGUGUGCAAAGCUGAGCUGCACCACCAUCAUCACCUCGAGCAAAAUGACGCUGUUCUCACACCUGUGGCAUCGUUGUAGGGGUAUGCCUUCAGCCAAUCAAAAGAAGGCUAGCCUGGUGAUGUCAUCUUGUAAAUCAAUGUGGCAACUUGGACCAAAAAGUUGCCUUUGUGAAGAAGGUGAAGCUGGAAGAACCGGAGUGGGAAGCAGAAACUGAGUUCUGGAAUGCUGAUCUGUCAUAACUAUGUUAAUCACUGAGUUCUAGAACACUAUUCCAUGGUAACUAUGGUAGCCACUAUGUUGUAAAACACUUGACCAUAGUGACCAUGGUAACCUUUGAAUUCUAGAAUGUUGAUAAAUAGCUAUGAAAACUAUGGAACCACUGAAUUCUAUAACAGUAUUCUUUUGUAACUGUGGUACCACUGUGUUCUAGAACAGUAAUGACUGUGAUUGCUAUAGUAGCCACUGUGUUCUAGAGCAGUAUUUCCUGGUAAUUGUGCUAAUCACUGAUUACGAGAAAACUUUGGUAAUUGCAGUUCUUUUUUCUUUUUUUUUUGUCCACUGGAGGAUUUUUGAAGGACUGGAACUCCAGAUGUUGGCAGAGGUGACCGUUUCAAACCAAAGAUGGCCUCAGGCCACAGUGUCCUGAUUGGCAGACAGAAAUGUAUGACUUGAUGUCAGGUACCAAAACGUGAUGCUGUAACAAACCAGCUGUUCCAGUACUGUUUUGAUGUGAAAAUGCAAGAUAAAGCAGAACCUGAUCAAAGGGUUUACUUGCUGCCCAGGACUGUCAAAGCAGUUCUUACUUAAAGCUGCUGAAUGUAUAAACACCUUAAAGACAUCAGUCAGCACUUUUGGACCAAACACUUCUGGGAAACUCCCUCAGAGUAACUGCUCCACAGAAGUGUAUACCAUCAAGGACACUUUUUUUUCCUUUUUCUGUUUGCAUUCACACCUUCGGUAAAAAUGCUAGCAUGAAGUUUGACCCACCUGGCUGCUGUCAUAGCAACAGCUAUCACAAUUACAUAAUGGAGAACACGGUGGUUGGAGCCGUAUGUUUGUUGUGUGACUUUUUUCAUAACAGCGAUGGCAUUAGAAAGGGGACAGAUAUAGACUUUCUAGAGGGAAGCACCAAUUCUGGGCUUUUCCAGUGACCACAGCUGUUAUUGCUGCAGAUAACCAAACAAAUCUUCCCUAUUCUCUGACCAAACAUGUUAUCAAGUAAACCAAAACAGUUCAGAUCUGCUUUGGUUGUGGUGAUUCUUGUAACUCAGUUUCAGUCUCUUUGUUUUCUCUCUGUUUUGCUUAUCGGUGUAUCAAGUCGAGAGGAAAAUCUAGUAAAGAUUUCACAUUUCUUCAGCCACAUACAGGCUGAACUUAACAGAUGCUUUAUUUGUCUACUGUCUUUCAUUUUUAGUAAUCUCUGGCUUACAUAGGUAAUGUUUACUAUUCCUAUUUUAUCAUGGCGAUUGCAUUACUCAAAAGGUUCCUCUUGUGCUUUACUUAAGAGUGAAAAAAGGUCCUUUGCCCUUUUAGUUCAUGCAUUAUGCAAAAAUACAAAAAAAGGGGGACUGCUUUGAUGUAAUAUUAUUUUGUAUUAUCAUGAUUUAAGACCAAAUACUGAAAAAACUUAUACUAUAAGAUAAAGAAUCAGAUGAAGCUUGUUUAAGAGGUGCCUUUUUUAUUUAAAUGUGCCCACUUGUUUCUUGAAAGACAUUUGCAUCAUAAAGAGAAACCUUCUUCAAAAGCACAUCUUGUUUUGAAAUACUUCCAACAUACUCAUGCCUUAUAUUUGUUGACAAAGAUUUAUUGUUGGUGUAACAAAGUAACAUGACCACUAUUAUCGGAUCAUAAAAUCGAAUAUUUUGUUUAAAGAAGUGACAUAAAUGUUAGUACACCUGGCUAACGUUAUGUACAAUG